AUGAUGAGGGCAAUUCUUGUGCUCUGGACGUUGCUCGUGACGCUUGCCAUGGGGCAAAUGCAGUCCGGUGCGCAAUCCGGUGUGCAGUCCGGUCCCCCGACUGGAAAGUGCUAUCGGAAAGAAUAUUGCCGGGCCCCCAAUGACAAACGACUAUCCAGCGAGAAAGAUCCGAGCAAUUCACAGAAAUGUGAAUUGUAUGUCGCGACAUACGAUCACGAAGGAAAGAUUAUAUCGGAAAGUUGCCAUACCAAGUACGAGGGCUGGGGCUGCGAUUGCAGUAAAUGCUGUUCCUGUUCAAACACGACCAAACCGGAUACUGGGGAUAAGGACCCUGACAAGAAGAAGCCCGACAAUGGGGGGAACAAAGAUCCUGACAAGAAAAAGCCCGACAACGGAGGGAAUAAGGAUCCUGAUGAGAAGAAGCCCGAUAAUGGGGGGAACAAAGAUCCGGACAAGAAGCCAGAUGAUAAGAAACCCAAUAAACUGCAAAACACUGCCGUCAUAGCCGACACGCACGUCUCAGCCUGCCUGUGUCAGGGCGAUCAAAAGCCCGUAAUGCAGGAGCUGGAGAAUCCAUGCAGGUGUUCCUGCCCUGCGAUGCAUGGAGCAACACAAAAGUACAAUGGUCGCACCUACAUGCUCAAUUGCAAGCAAGCAUACAGAUCCGAAGAUGUCGCCAAGAAGACAGGCCUUAAAAGCCUUAGCGACUGCGGAAAUGAAUGUUCUACGUGGCCCAAAUGUGUCGCUGUUAACUUUUAUCUCGAAGAAGACGGAAGCUCUCGGUGUAUUCUACAUACUGCACGAGGUGAGCCGGUGGAUGAAUCAUCUUCGAGUUUUGGGGGCUCUCUGGUUCAGGUUUGA